AUGGAUCGUCCUCACAAGCCAUCCGCAUUGCUCUCGCCGGCCAGCACCGGACCACAAGCCAGCGUGUACGCAGAGAAUGGCAAGGUGACAGCGACCCUUCCAACCGGCGAUUCCGUCGAAAUUUUGCUCUUCGGAGCUACCGUGACGAGUUGGAAGAGCAAUGGCAAAGAGAGACUGUGGCUCAGCACGGCCGCGAAGCUCGACGGUAGCAAGCCCGUGCGAGGAGGCAUACCUGUGGUCUUUCCAUGCUUCGGCCCUCCACCCCAAAACCACGCAACGAGUGCUCUCCCUCAACAUGGCUUCGCCCGAAACACACGUUGGGAAUAUAUGGGCAAAUCCUCCACCGAGUCCUCUGUCUUGAUGAGCAAAAACGCAAGCCGAGGAGGGGACGACAACGGUGUCAAAGUCGAUUUUGGCUUGUCCUCGGACUCCUUGAGCGAGGAAGCGAAGAAAGCAUGGCCGUUCAAGUUUAGUCUGGUAUACUCGGUCACGCUGGGCAAAGAUGGUUUGCAGACUAUGCUGCAAGUACGGAAUGAAGGCAAAGAAGCCUUUGAUUUCCAGAUGCUGUUGCAUUCGUACUUUAAAGUUGCGGACAUUUCCAAAACUCAAAUCACCGGCCUCGGCAGCGUCACCUACAUCGACAAAGUCCUCAACGCCACCGAACACCAACAAACCUCUCCCAAUCUCUCCAUCACAGGAGAAGUCGAUCGCGUCUACAAAUCCAUCAAACAACCCACCACGUCCAUCGUAGAAGACGGGAAACCCUCUCUCGACGUGACGCGCGACGGCGGCGUCGAAGACAGCGUCGUGUGGAAUCCGUGGGUGGAGAAAUCCAAGAGUAUGGGAGAUUUUGAGCCCAAGGAUGGUUAUCAGACUAUGGUCUGUGUGGAAGUGGGCGCGGUGGAUGGUUGGAAAACACUCGAGUCGGGAGAGACGUGGGAGGGUGGACAGGUGCUUGUGGCGCAUUGA